CGUAAUUAAUGUGUCCAUUGUCAUGUCUUGAUUGAUUCACUCUGGGGGGUCUCACGGAAGCAAAGGUCUCCUAUAUUCACACGGAAAGCUUCAUGAUUUCCUUCAACCACUUUCAGUUCCCUCAUUGGUCCUGAAAAGUGACGUCAUUACAUUCUAAGAUCAUUUUUAAAAGGCAAGCUGAGCAUGGCUGAGAAAUCCCCUCUCCAGGAAAGAUACCAAGCCUGCUUGAUUCUGAGUGGAGCUGGAGAUGCACUGGCGUACAACCGUGGCGACUGGGAAUUUGAGUCAAAUGGUGAAAAAAUCCAUAAGGAGGUAGCAGCGAGAGGGGGCUUGGAGAACCUGGAUGUUAAGGAGUUUCCGAUCAGUGAUGACACUGUCAUGCACCUUGCAACAGCUGAAGCCUUAGUGGAGACUGGAAAAGACAUAUCAUUAAAAGACUUGUGUGGCACCUUGGUCAAAAAGUACAUACAGUGUAUGAAUGAUAUGUCUGGCAGGGCCCCAGGUUUCACAUGCAUUGAUAGCACUGCCCAAUUAGCGGCAAACCAGGCGGGAGACUGGAGGAUCCCUUUCAGCAAAGUUGGUGGGGGCUGUGGUGCUGCCAUGAGGGCCAUGUGUGUGGGUCUGCGCUUCCCCAGGCCUGAGCAGGAGCGCCUCCUGGUGGCCGUGAGUGUGGAGAGUGGCCGCAUGACCCACCACCACCCCACGGGCUACCUGGGGGCGCUGGCCGCUGCGCUGUUCACAGCCUACGCGGUGAGGGGCACACCACAGGUAGAGGCCUGGGGCCAGGGUCUGAUGAAGGUGCUGGAGAAGGUCAAGGAGUAUGUGCAGCAGGAGGGGUAUUGUGUUAAAGAAAACCUGAAACAUUGGGACUACUUCGGGGACAGCUGGAGAAAAUACCUUCAGCAUAGAGGAAUCCUUGAAGGGACUGGCAAAGCCCAGUUCCCAGAUGACUAUGGAGUGACGGCGAGGGAGGAUUUCUACAGGUCAGUCAGCUACAGGGCAACAGGCGGUGCCAGCGGACACGACGCACCCAUGAUCGCCUACGACGCACUGCUGCGAGCUGGGGACUCGUGGACUGAGCUGGCCAAUCACGGCUUCUUCCACGGAGGUGAUAGUGACUCCACUGCUGCCAUUGCUGCUGCCUGGUGGGGUGCCCUCUACGGGUUUCACAACGUGCCCCCCAAAAACUACCAAAAGCUUGAGUACUACAGCCGCCUAUCUAACGUGGCAGAUGAGCUUUACAAGCUGAGGGGUUUGCCAAUCUCAUGAUGUGUUGACUUAUUGUCUGUUCUGGAGCAGAAAUCUGGGCUUAGACAGGCCAUGCAUAGAUUUAUGUAACCAAAUGUGAAUUUGCAAGCAAUUGGAUAGACCUAAUCAAUCAGAGCAUCGAAAUAUGUGAGAACGGCAAAAACAUCCGUCUUCUCGACAAAUGCCUUAAUCACUGUUUUUUGUUUGUUUUUUGAGUUGUAAAUAGAUAAACUCCAUGAUUAACUCUAUUUUAAAAGUGUUACCUAACCCUAACCUGAAGUGACAUGAUUAAAAUGAACAAUAAAAUGUACAGGACUAGAUGUA